UAUAUUACACAAAGACUCUUGAGUUUACACACACAGCCAGCUUUUUUGUGUCAUCUACUGUUUCCAACCUUCUGUGUUCUGUCACACUUUUACUCCUUUGGUUUUAUUUAUCUUUUCAGUCUUAGGGAAAACGUUUCCUUUGUGGCCGCAUGGCUACGUAUUGCUUCAUGGGGUUGUGAGUAGGCAGUUUUGGAUUUUGAACUCGUUUUUGGGUCGUGAAAUGGGUGAUGUUGUAGAGAUGGGUUGUUCGGUGCUCAAGAGAAAGCUCAAGAGUUUAUGUUGCAGUAAUGGGUGGUCUUUUGGUGUUUUUUGGAGUUUUGAUGAAAGAAAUCCCAUGUUUUUGACUUUGCAAGAUGCCUACUAUGAAGAACAAAUGGCCACAGUGGUUGAUAAAAUGCUCUUACAAGUCCACAUGCUCGGUGAAGGAAUAAUUGGUGAAGUUGCUUUCACUGGGAAGCACAAAUGGAUGAUCUCUGAUGCUCUCGGUGGAGAACGAAACUCCACUGGUUCUAUUGGGAGUCAGGGUGCAUUUCAGGACGAUUCAGUCUUUCGUCACCUAUUUUCAUCUGGAAUACAGACAAUUGCAGUGAUCUCUGUGGAAUCAAGAGGAGUGGUGCAGUUUGGAUCAACCCAAAAGAUGUUGGAGAGUUUGGAAUUUUUGGACCAGACGAGAAAACUGUUGCGGGAGGUGGAAAAUUUUAUCCAAUUGGAAAAUGCACCAUUAUCUUUGAACAGGGAAACAGAUGAUCUAAAUGCAAUCUUUGCUUCCCUAAUAUCAUCCGGAAAUUCCUUUAGUGACAAUUUUGCUCCUUCACAUGAUGGCAGCUCUAGAGAGCUGAAGGGAAAUCCUUGUUUGUUAGCAGAUCUUACUCGGUCCUCCACUUUCACAUCAGAGAUUGACCACAGAAGUAUAAACUCAUCUCAUCUUUGUAAUCAAUUGCAAAUUCCUGGCAGAGAAGCUCAAGUCCUAUCAUCUGAGAAACCUAGUGCUCUGUACCAGCCAGAGUUCUUACCGUCUACUUCUGUUAAAAACUCAGUUGCCAGUACCCCCUGCAUUAGUACAUGGAGUAAUGAAGAUUCUAUUUUGACUUCCUUUGAACAACUAUUUCCUUCUGAAAGUGAAAUUCAGGAUUCUUCAAAUGUAUAUUCUGCAAAAGCAAAUGCUUUUCGCCAUAAUCCUCAGGUGGAGUCAAGAUUCACUUCAACGUAUAGCACAGAGGGAUUGCUUGGUGUAGAAAAAACUAUUCCAGCCAGUAUAGGAAAGAUAAUGGACAACCAGCACUGUGCUCAAUCAUCCCUUAAAACUGAAGCUAAACUUCCAGAGAUGGCUACUAAUCUACCUAGAUUGCCAGAGGAGUUUAAGCCAGUUGAUUUCACAACAGAUUUCUCAAACUCCUAUAAAGUGGAAGAUCUGUCUCAGUUUUUCAGUCUUUCACAAGACAAUAUCCUGAACAGAACAGGCACUGCAACAAAUACUAAUCUUUUAAAGUCAAUAGGAUCUACUUCAGUUUCAUCCGGUAUGGUAAAUGCUGAUGUUUUGGUUGACAUUCCAACCAAACAUCCAUCUAAUUCAGUGCAAAGUUCAAUCAGCGAUGCAUUCAUAUCUGGUGGACAGCAGAAGUUUGCGAUUGUUCACGAUGUGGAAAAUGAUGUGUUUGAAGGUUUGGGACUGGAUUUUGCAUGUGAGCAAGCUGGGGAGCGCUGGGAAGAUUAUAUAAAGCCUGUAGUUGGUGGUGAUCAUUCAGCUAUUAGCACUGGUAUGUCAAAGUGUGUAACUGACUUGGAUGUUGGUUCCACAGGUGGCCCCCGGAAAGGACAAUUCUCUCAGUUAGGGCUUGAAGAAAUUUUAAAUGGUGUUAGUAGUUCCAGUUCUGUGACUCGAUGUAGUUUUGAGGAUCAAUUAUCCCCGGCCAAAAGAAGGAAAAUGGAAAGUUCUUCCUCUAAUGGUAAUCAAAUUCCAUUGACAAAACUUUCUUGCUCUGAUGGAAGCGUGGGUUUAAUGCACCCUUUCUAUAACCAGGAGAUGCACAAGCUUGUGAACAAGAAAGAUUUUCUUCUAAAAUCACAAGUAGGUUUAUGGAUUGAUGAUAGCUAUAGCAUCAAUGCUGAACAUUCUUCUGUAGCAACAGCUAAGAAGCCUGAAAAACCUUUGAAGGUCAACAGGAAAAGGGCUAGACCUGGGGAAAGUACCCGUCCCAGGCCCAAAGAUCGACAGCAGAUCCAAGACCGUCUCAAGGAGUUGAGAGGGAUCAUCCCUAAUGGUGUAAAGUGUAGCAUUGAUGCGUUGUUGGAUCUCACUAUCAAACAUAUGCUUUUCUUGCAAAGCAUAACAAAAUAUGCAGACAAGCUGAAAGAAGCUGAUGAGCCAAAGUUGAUUGGCAAGGAGAAGGGAGUGGUUCUUAAAGACAACAUGCCCAGUCAUAAUGGCGGUGGCGGUGCUACAUGGGCAUUCGAAGUUGGGGGUCAGACAAUGGUUUGCCCGAUAAUAGUUGAGGACUUGAGUCCACCAGGUCAAAUGCUCAUAGAGAUGCUUUGUGAGGACAGAGGAUUCUUUCUUGAAAUAGCAGACAUAAUUAGGGGUUUUGGUUUGAACAUCUGGAAGGGAGUAAUGGAGAUUAGAGAGGAUAAAAUAUGGGCACGAUUCGUAGUUGAGGCAAACAGGCAGGUAACAAGGAUGGAUAUAUUUUGGUCGCUUGUUCAACUUCUACAACAAUCAUCCACUUUUGGAACUGAUUCAGCCAAUCAGCCAAGUAAUGCCAUGGAUGCUGGUAUUCCUCUGUUAGAUAGUUAUCAGCAACCUCUUAUGCCUGUAGCCGCUUCCAAUCAGCUUGGUUGAGACACUUCAAUGAUUGAGCGCAAUGGAAAACGGUUUCAGAGAUACCUUGAGCAUUCACUUAUUGAGGGCCUGCCGUGAUUGGUGUUCUGAAAAUUGAAGAGCUAGCCACAGCUGAAUAGCCUGAACCUGAAGGUGGUUCUUCAUUCCACAUCAGCCAUCUUGGAAAUGAAGAUGGAAUGUGCAUAAGGUUGAUAGGUUCUAGGAAAAUACAUUUGAAGAAAAGGCGAGAGAUCUCUUUCCGCCUUAAUCAAAUCCUGAUUAGAGAAGGGAUUUUUAUACGGAGCAUGCCUUAGCCUUACACAGGAAGCAAAACCCACAGUAGAAACUUGUCUUGCAUGCAAUAGGCGCUAGUUUUAUGUCAGGUUACAUAUGACAGAGACAAACAUGAAACAUGACAUGAGUGGUGCUAAGUAUGUUGUUUCCUGUUUCUUUCUGAUCGGUCUUGCCAUAACUUAUUAAUUGUUUAUAAUCUGUAGCUGAUGUUUGAGUUAGUCGUAGUCUAACCGUUGAAUUGUAUCUUGGCCUUCUUGUUUGAUAAGUAAAAUU